CAAUAAGUAAAACAGAAACUCUACUCCGCGGUUGUUCCCGGUCGAAAUUAGCUGAUCAAAGUGGCGCAGUUUGGCGGAGGAACAAUGAGACGUUCUCAGGGCUAUGCCUACGAGCCGCUAGCCCAGAAUCCGGGCCCCAGCGGCUUGAGCAACGGCACCAACAGCCACGAUGCCCUCGAGGACGAAAACGAACGGAUGGCCGAUGAGUUGAAGGGUAAAAUCGGGGCUCUCAAAUCGCUGACGAUAGACAUUGGGAACGAGGUGCGAUACCAGGACAAGCUGCUGCGGGGAAUUGACGAAGAUAUGGACCGAACGGGUGGCUUUAUGUCCAAUACAAUUACGCGGGUCGUGAGGCUAGGGAAGGGAGGUCAUCGGAACUAUAUGUGCUACAUGUUUCUGUUUGUGAUGGUUGUGUUUUUUAUUCUGUUUCUGAUACUGAAGCUCAGAUAGUGUGAAUUCUUCGGCGGCAGGCGGGGGUGGAGUGAUUCAAUAUAGAUGUAUGCUAA